CCAGAAGUCGAUUGUGCUGAUGAUUCCUUACAUGAGGAUGAGUCUCAAUUGACUCCUGACUCACCAAAGAGCGGGGGGAUUCUCCCUCAUUUUGAAUACGUUUCUUACGACAGAGUUCAAGAUCUUUAUGAACAACGAAAGGGACAUUUCUAUUUUAUUCCUGAUGGCUUUGAACCAGUUUUAGUCCCAAACGACUCUAAAGCUUCUGCAGUAACCAACUUGUUGGAAAACUCCAAGCCUGUCUCCUCUGCUCCUAAUGUUUCAAGAAUGCUUCCGGAUUCUGAUGUUCGCCUUCCAUCCUUUGCUCUUCCCUGCGGAGUUGCUGGCUCAAAGAAAGACAAUUCUGCAAAUGGUAAAAAUGAUGCCUCAACCAGACGUGUUUCCGCACCUGGCUUACCACAUAAUUUACUUGUAGAUACAUCUAACAAAGCGUCAGGAUCUAGACGCAUUCCCUCAGGAUUAAACGAUGCUGACGGUUAUCUCUCUGACUCUCAAUUAAUGGCAAUGCAAAAUCAACAAUCGUUCCGAACUAAUGGAGAUUUUGAAAAUCAUAUGUUCUAUGCAAGUCCAACAAAUACUUCUCAACAAGAAACAUUUGGUUUUAUUGAUAAUUCCAUGCCACACCAAUUUUCCUACGUCCAGAACACGUACGAUAAUUGUUCAACUGAUUUUGGAUCUUUUGAUGUUGAAUUUGAUGAAUAUGAUUAUAAUGGUCAAAUUACUUCGCUAGAUUAUCCUAUAAAUGACCAAUAUUCACAAUAUGUAACAAAAUACGAAUGA